ACAUGUGUGCCGCCCGGAUGCCGCCGCUGGCACACGUCUUCCGAGGGACCUUCGUCCACUCCACCUGGACCUGUCCCAUGGAGGUGCUGCGGGACCACCUCCUGGGCGUGGGCGACAACGGCCGAAUAGUGUUUUUAGAAGACGCAUCUCAACAAGAGAAACUGGCCAAAGAAUGGUGCUUCAAGCCAUGUGAAGUAAGAGAACUGAGCCACCAUGAAUUCUUCAUGCCUGGGCUGGUCGAUACACACAUUCACGCGCCUCAGUAUUCAUUUGCUGGAAGUAACGUAGACUUGCCUCUUUUGGAAUGGCUGACCAAGUACACAUUUCCUACAGAACUCAAGUUCCAGAACAUUGACUUUGCUGAAGAAGUCUACACCCGAGUUGUUAGAAGAACACUGAAGAAUGGAACAACUACCGCUUGCUACUUUGGAACAAUUCACACGGACUCAUCCCUGCUCCUUGCGGAAAUUACAGAUAAAUUUGGGCAGCGAGCGUUUGUGGGCAAAGUGUGCAUGGAUUUGAACCACACGGUGCCAGAGUACAAGGAAACCGCUGAAGAAUCAGUGCAGGAAACUGAGAGAUUUGUGUCAGAAAUGCUUCAAAGGAAUUAUCCGAGGGUGAAGCCCAUAGUGACACCACGUUUUGCCCUUUCCUGCUCUGAGGCUUUACUGAGUGAACUCGGCACAAUCGCCAAGACCCAAGAUUUGCACGUCCAGAGCCACAUAAGUGAAAAUCGUGAUGAAAUUGAAGCUGUGAAAAAUUUAUACCCAGGUUAUAAAAACUACACCGAUGUGUACGAUAAAAACAAUCUGCUGACAAAUAAGACAGUGAUGGCGCAUGGCUGCUACCUUUCCGCAGAAGAACUGGACGUUUUCCAUGAACGCGGAGCCUCCAUCUCACACUGCCCCAAUUCUAACUUAUCGCUGACAAGUGGCUUUCUCAAUGUGCCAGAAGUCCUGAAACACAACGUGAAGAUAGGGCUAGGCACAGAUGUCGCCGGAGGUUACUCGGCUUCCAUGCUGGAUGCCAUCAGAAGAGCAGUGAUGGUUUCUAAUAGUCUUUCAAUCAAUAAGAUAAAUGAGAAAAGCCUCACUCUCAAAGAAGUCUUCAGACUAGCUACUCUUGGAGGAAGUCAAGCUCUGGGGCUGGAUAGUGAGAUUGGAAACUUUGACGUGGGCAAGGAAUUUGAUGCACUCCUCAUCAACCCCAAGGCAUCUGACUCUCCCAUUGACCUGUUCUACGGAGAUUUUGCUGGUGAUGUAUCAGAGGCUGUAAUCCAGAAGUUCCUGUAUCUAGGAGAUGAUCGGAAUAUUGAGGAGGUUUAUGUGGGCGGCAAGCAGGUGGUCCCCUUCUCAAGCUCUGUGUAAGGCGCUAGGGCUUCUACAAAUGUGCUCCCGGGAUGACAUGGUUUUGCAUCUCCCAUCUAUCCAGGCGGAGUUAGAAAGUCAAAAACAGAUACCUUGUUCU